CGCCCCCCGCGCCAUGUCGGCCGAGAGGCGGCCGCGCUCGGGCCGCGGCGGCGAGGGCAUCAAGUUGUCAGCAGAGGUCAAACCAUUUGUUCCAAAGCAUGCGGCGGUAACUGUGGCAUGGUCAGAACCCUCAGAAGCAUGUGUCUUUCCUAGGUACUUAACUACAUGCUACCCAUUUGUUCAGGAACCAUCUUUGGAUAAUGUUCUGGGAGAUGCUGCCUUCCGUGAAUACUCCAGCUGCUCUCACUCACCUGAUGUUGUUGCAAAUGUGUAUCCAGUAGCUGGCUCACAGUAUCAGUCUCACAACUCAACACACUAUAAUGGUUCAGGAGUAGUCAGUGAAUCUGCUGAACAAGCAUAUCCAGUCAGACAAGAAAGUAAGAGUCUUUCAAAGCAGAGAAGAUCAAAAGAAGGUGAGAAAAAGCUGGACAAGAAAAGAUGUGAUGGAGGUGAAGCUUCUGUCAGAAUUGGGAACAGAACUUCAUUCCAGAGUUCUACAUGCAGCAGAGAUUCCGUCAAACCAGACAGGUUCAGUAAAGCUACAAACAAGAAGUCAUCUGAAACUCCAAAAGCAGAAUCUCAUCCUGUACCCACAUUUGAAGCUAGCAUUCUGGAUUUCCACGAGUCACAGAGUUUGGGAAGCAGUGAGAUACUGAAUGUACACCAUAAAAAUACACCAGAAGAUACUUCUGCAAAAAGCAAAGUUUCACCAAAAGCUUCAGAUGAAGCAGGAGCCAAUUUAAUUCCAUCUUCGCUUGAUGGUAGGGCCCCUGCAGAUGGCUCUGCUCAGCCACACGUGUCUUGGGCCUCGGUACUUUUGCAGCCCCCAAAGAAAAUUGUUUCAUCACCAGCGUCUGAAAGUCUUUCCAGAGGCAAAGGGAAGCAGGAGAGUGAACCAAAGCAGUCAGAAACAAAAAAUAUUGCAAGUGAAACUGAGCCUGAAGAAGGAUCAGAAAAGAAGAAAAAAAAGAAGAAAAAGAAGAAAAAACUGAAGUCACCCACUGAUGUAGAAAGACCUCAAAGUGAAUCUAACACAGUACAGGAACCACCAAAGAUUGAGGAUGUUGAGGAGUUUCCUCAUCUGGCAGCUGCUUCUGAUAGGAGAAACAGGGUAGGACCUCAGAAACCAUCCUUUACAUCUGCAGUCAGAAAGCAGUCUGAAAUCCAUCUCUCCGAAGAGCCUUGUGAUAGUCAGUCUCCCUCUCUGGAUGAAACUCCCAAGGUGGAUGGACUGUCAGGGAAACAAGCUUCAUCUUCUGUAUUAGAAAGAAAGAAAACUCAGGAAACAUCCAGGAGCAGUGGUAAGAAGAGUCAAAUUCCAGUGCAGUUGGAUUUGGGUGGCAUGCUUGCAGUCUUGGAGCAGAAGCAGCAAACAGAGAAGGCAAAACAGUCUCCUAAACCUGUGGUAUUUUCAGUUGGUGGUGCUGUACCAUUGCUAUCUAAAGACCCUGCCACCGCCACGAGAAGUCACCGUUUAAACCAAGGAAAGAUGCCUCAUAAUCCCUUGGAUUCCAGUGCUCCUUUGGUAAAGAAAGGGAAACAGAGAGAAGUACCUAAAGCAAAGAGACCAACACCCCUUAAAAAGAUUAUUCUGAAAGAAAGAGAACAAAGAAAACUGCAGCACCUGUUAGAACAGAAAGCAGCACCAAAAGAUGAAGAUAACAUUUGUCAGACAGAAGGAAAUGUUACUGAAAAUGCCACACUUCUACAGGAUAAUCAAGCAGCUCUUCCAGAAACUCAAGUUGCUGAAGGGUUUCCGGAGCACACGGGGAUCAAGGAAUCUAAAGAAGGUUCUGUGGCUACAAAGCAGCUAACUGUCACUCUUCCAAAAAUCCACAGCAGGAAUUUUAGAGAUUACUGCAGCCAGGUACUUAGUAAAGAAGUUGACAGUUGUGUGACAGAUCUCUUGAAGGAACUGGUUCGUUUCCAAGAUCGCUUGUAUCAGAAAGACCCAGUGAAGGCCAAGAUAAAGCGCAGGCUUGUUAUGGGUCUUAGAGAAGUCCUGAAACAUCUGAAGCUGAAAAAACUGAAGUGUGUAAUCAUCUCUCCUAACUGUGAAAAGAUUCAGUCAAAGGGUGGGCUGGACGAGACCCUACACAACAUUAUUGACUGUGCCUGUGAGCAGAACAUCCCCUUUGUUUUUGCCCUAAAUCGCAAGGCCCUGGGCCGCUGUGUGAACAAAGCAGUGCCUGUGAGCGUGGUGGGAAUUUUCAGUUAUGAUGGGGCUCAGGACCAUUUUCACAGAAUGGUACAGCUGACAACAGAGGCUAGGAAGGCCUACAAAGAUAUGAUAGCAGCUCUAGAGGAAGAAGCUAAAGCAGGACUAAGAGAAACCCAACCUAGCAUCUUAACUCCUGAAUCUGAAAAAAAUGGCUUGUUAGAAACUAGUAAAACAUCUUCCAAGGACUCAGAUGAGGAUGUACCAAAUUACAUUAAAGUCUGGAAGAGAAAACUUGAAGAAGAAUAUAACCCAUACGCACUAGAAUUGGAAAAGAGUGCAGCUGCUGACAUGGGAAUACUGAAUUUGGAAGACCAUCAGUAAAUCCAGAUCCAGCUCUAUUGGGCUUUUAUUUUUUUCUGUUAGAUCCCUAGGAAGAAGGUAGCAAAAAUAACAAUGUAAAGAAAUAUCUGAAGUUAGCUAAGCAAACUGUUCUGAAUCCCUUAAAGCAAAAUGUACACUGGAGCACAUGAGGCACUGGUUAAUGUUUUUAUGUUGUGUGUGUUUCUCUGAUUAUUUUAGCAGGUGACAACACCAAAUUGUUGUAAGCCCAAACCACUUGAACUGGCUUAGCAUACUUUAAUGAUUAUAUGGACUAGCAUUGAUUUCUUGGGGUAGAAUAUACCAAAAGAAUCUGAUAGAAAAAUAAGUUUCUUCUGGAAGAGAUUCCUUGAGCCAGGGGAGUUGCCCUUAAUUUUUAACUCCGGCAUAAAAAACUUCAGCUGUUGUUUGAUUGUGGGUUUGUUCUUAGUUUUUCUUCUAAAUAAGUCUGCUCAGAAGGGCAGGCUGCUAUCAAUGUCACUUUAUUCUAGUCACCAACAAAUUAAUUUGAGGCAGGUAGCUUGAUGUAAACUAAUUAAGGAAGGACAUGAUGACAGAGUUCCUUGUUGGCUCUUCUGUGUUGUUCUUUGGGGAUCAUACAUCAGGUGUUGAAGGAGAUAGCACAGACUACAAGGGUCUGAAAUUCCUUAAGUGAAUGUGCUCUGUUUAGACUUUUUAUAAAUUUGAUGUUUCUCUUGCUAGUGAGAGUACUUUAUCAUACAUCCUGCUUUGAAGUUAAAGGAUAUUGCAGGGCAGCAAAUGUGCUAGCCUGCUUAUCUGUACUUUCUCCUUGCUAAGACUCCUCAUUCCUUCAGUUUGGGGUUGUAUUGGUAUAUACAUCUAUGAGUUUUUGAGCAAUCCCAGUUUGUAUCUAAAUAGAAGAAAAUUUAUAUCUUAUAAGAAAUGAAGUUUGUAUCCUAGAGAAAAUAAAAUUUUAAAAACAAAA